ACAAACAAAAAAAAGGAGAAAGAAAGACUUGCAUUUUUUUUUCUUUUAUUGUGCUGGUGAGUCCUUGUAGUCAGGGCUGAUGUGUUUUAAAUAAACACACUUGUGGGUGCGGCAGGACUGUCUGUGCAAGCCUAAACUGAGGCAUCUCUGGUUAUGCAAUUAAUGUACAAAUGUACUGCUUCUACUUUUUGCUUUGGUGAAGGACUUCUGAGAUGUCAGAGCAUGUUCAUUGUGAGGUUUUCUUCUUAAAAGAAGGGUACCUUCUUAAAAAAUCACAUUUUUCAUAUAUCAUCUGGAUUGAAAUUUUUUCUGUAAAAUAAUUUUGUGAACCCUUUUGGUUGCUCGCUUUCUUUAGCCACUCUUCUGUCUAUGAGCACAGGACUAAAUCUAGCUAUAUCUUCACAGAAUCAUAGAAUGGUUUGGGUUGGAAGAGACUUCAAAGCUCAUCCAGUUCCAACCCCCUGCCAUGGGCAGGGACACCUUCCACUAGACCAGGUUGCUCCAGGCCCUGUCAAACCCAGCCUUGAACACUGCCAGGGAUGGGGCAGCCACAGCUUCUCUGGGCAAUCUGUGCCAGGGCCUCAGCACCCUCACAGGGAAGAACUUCUUACUAAUGUCUAAUGUAGAUCUCCUCUCUGUCGGUUUAAAGCCAUUCCUGCUUGUCUUGUCAAUGACCACUAUUUAAAAGGUCUACAGAGCAUUAUGAUUUAUUGCAAAUCUGAGGACUGCCUAAGUUUUAUCUUUGCAAGGACUUUAGGAAGCUGUCAGACUGUUGCAGACUGUGGUGGCUUAAAUCAACCUGCUUUAUUUGUGAAAUACAGAUAUUUGUGGGCAGGCCAGGAGCCAGUGCGCCAUUGCUAACUGACAGCUCCUGAGGCUGUGCUAAACUGCUUGUAAUUGAGGAGCACUUGGAGGAAUGGCUUCUAGCAGAAGAGAUUUCAAGCUGGAACCAAGCCUGGAGACUCCAGGGAAAAAACAUCUGAAUUCCAGGGCUCUGAAGCAAGCUGCAAGGGUGGAAGCAAGCUCAUGAUUAGAGAGUGGCUAAGUGGGGAGUAAGAAAAUGGAGCGCAAAUUUAUUUGCUGUUGUUGGCUGGAUCCUGCCUUCUGCCAGAGCCUAGAAAGCUGUGUGGAUCUGCUGUCCAAGAAGAGUUUUCUUUGCUGUCAUUAGGGACCAAGCCCUAAAGGCCAGGACAAAACCUGGAUCAUCUGCUGUGCAGCUUGGAGACAGAGAGAUUCUGGUCUGGUGAGGGAAGGAAAAAAAUCCUAUGGUAUUUCUGCCUUUGGCAGCAUGACUGUGCCUUUCUGCCCUAUACGGGCAUGCACAUUACAAAGGUUGGCUCAGAGAAGUAGGACUCACUAAUGCAUUGAUUUACAGGAGCCUGUUUGAGGAGAGGCAGAGCAAGCAGCUCCCAUGAACUUUCUGUGAAGGAAGCAGCAUGGAUUUUGUUUUCCAGCCCAAUUUUUGCUGGUUGCAUUCACUUCUUGGAAGCACUGUUGACAGUUCAGCUUGAUUUUACAGCUACGCUGCAGCAAGCUGGAAUCGACGGAAAAGAGGGGAAUCCUGAGCCAGGCAGCACACAUGCACAGGCAGCAUGGCUCUGCUCCACAACCGGCACCACUGCCAGCUGAGAAACCUGGUUUGGAAGGUGAAAGCACUAUUUAUUUAAGAUAUUUACACCGCAGCUGAAUUUCCACAUCUUGGUCUCACUGUAAGUGAAGGGGCUGGUGAAAUAACUGCAGGAACCACCUUUACCAGCUGGGACACAGCUGCAAAUUGCUGUGGUCCCCAAGCCAAGCCAGGGUGUUUGAUUACAGCCCAGCUAUCUCCGGGCGUAAACAGAGCUGGUCUGGCCACAAUGUUAGAUCAGGGUCAGAGCAGAGGGGGGCUGCUUGGUGAAAUAGCGGCCAACUGGAAGCUGGGAAUUAGAAGGAGGUUCAACAGAGGUUGUGAGCAUGUAAGGUUACUGCUGAUGACAAAAUGUGGAUUUGGGGAUAUUACAUUGGGUAAGUCUCCAACUUUGAGUUGUGCCAUUAUAGCCCACUGAACCUUUUGCCAGAGAGGCAAACUUUAACCAGAGGACAAGCAAAGGGCAGGAUGAAAUAAUUCCUUUAAUGGCAAAGAAAUAGAAAAUGAGGAGAGCUGUGCUUUUUUUAUGAGACCACAGACACAGUUUCAGGCCUAAAACAUUCAUUCUUUUUGAGAGCCGGUCCAGAGGAGCAAACGUCAUUUGCAACUUGGCAUUAAUACCCAAAUUAUCCAGUAUUACGGUAACUCCGAGUCAGCAGAGGUCUUGGAGGCAUAGAUAGCUUUCAGAGCUAAUAAACUGGCCAACAGACCUUUCAACUGAAAAGGCCAGGGAACUUGUACAUCAGAAAAAAAUUCCUUGGUGUUUUUCUGGGGUAAUAAAUGGACUUUUCAGUUUAAACAUUUAACAAAACCAAGUAAAUGACGAAGUGGUGGGAUGCCUAAUGCGGAUGCCUCAGUGGCUGCAGUGCCAGGAGCACCGUAGGCUGUGCCAGAUUCAGCCUGCCCUCACAAGUCAUCCUGCCUGGGGACCAAAGGGGACACAGGAGCUGUAUGGCCUUGGCCAGGAGGAAACAGAUACAUGUGAUGGGCAUCGUGACAUGGUUUAUCUUCCCAAGCUGCGACGGCUGCUGCAAAAAUGGUGAAUGAACAAUGAGUCAAGUUACACAAAAUUAACUUGGCAGUGUCAUUUCUAAGCAAAUCUGAACUAAUGGGAAGUCUAUGCCAUGUAAAUACCUUGCACUAUGCAGCUUAGUUUUCUUUGUCUUCUUUUUUUUUAAAUCUGGUUGCUGGGAUGCCAGUGCUGGAUUUACUGUUUUAUCCAACAGCAGCCUGGGAAAAGAAGCAGCAGCUGCACACGCUUACGUGUCAUGGCUCAGGGCUAGAAGGAUUUCAUAGCCCAUGCUUUGCAGAUUUUCAGAAGAGCUGACAAAAAUGAUGAUGGGAAGCUGUCCAUGGAGGAGUUCCAAGCCUUUUUUUCUGAUGGGACACUCAAUGAAGAAGAACUUGAGAAGCUCUUUCAUACCAUUGACUCAGACAACACCAAACUAUUUUGCUGACCAUAUGGGAGACUAUGAAGAUGUCUUGGCCUCACUGGAGAUGCUGAACCUCUCCAUCCUGAAGGCAAUGGACUACACCAAACGGGUGUACGAGAGUGGCAGCAAUGUGGACCAGUUUGUGACCCGCUUCCUGCUGAAGGAGACGGCUAACCAGACCCAGUCACUGCUGAGCUCUGUGGAGAGUGCCGUGGAUGCCAUUGAUGAGCAAACCAAUCCUGCCAGGCACUACCCCAGCAAGACAGGCCAUGGUCUGAUGGAGACCUGGUACGACAGCCCUGUGCCCAGCUACUCUCCCACCAGCUGGAUGGUCCCCAGGGAGCAGGGGAAGACCUUCCAGAGUGGUUCCCCUGACACCAAGGUGGAGGGCCUGGAGAGGCAGAUCAACAGGCUGGCUGAGCUGAUUGGCAAGCUGGAGGACAAGACCCUCUGGUUUGACCUGCACCAGCGGCUGUCAGACAGUGAGAGCACGGCUUGCACGUACCUCCUCCUGGUGCGGGAUGAGAUGACGGUGUCACACAAGCACCUGAGUGAGUUCUGCAGCUCCUUGAAGCAAUACCUGAAGAGCGUGGCCGGGGAGCGGGACUGCUUCCAUGUCACUGCCGUGAAGCUGCCCGAUGGGGUCACCUUCAUCGUCUAUGAGUUCUGGGAGACUGAGGAGGAUUGGAAGAGGCACCUGCAGAGUGCCACCUGCAAGGGCUUCCAGCACGUCAAGGUGGACACGCUGAGCCAGCCUGAGGCCAUCUCCAGUGUGGCUGUGCCAGCUGCCUGGUGCACCUUGAGCCGAGAGUGACCGCUGGUGCCAGCCCUGCUGUGGGGUGGCUGUGACCCCUGUGUGGGUCAGUGUGACCUGUCUGCAGUGAAGGAAACCCCAAUGUGUGUUCCCAGCACCCCAUAGGGUCCCCUCUGCCCCAGCUACCCCAUCACCUGUAUCACCUCUUUCUGGAGUGGGGUGGGCUGCGGGGGAUUUCCCCCCACGGGGUUUGAGGAGUGGCUUCCCAGUGCACAGGUGGGCAGGGAGCGGCAGCUGGUGGUAAGGAACAGGGAGUGGGAGCAGGAGGCUGAAGGCCCCCUGGGAGGUAAUCUGAGGUCCCUGCUAGUCCCCAGGGGAGCAGGCUGUGCCUGUAGGGAUAGGGACCCUUGAGGAGUGCGGGGAGGUGGUCAGGGUGGUGGUGAAGGGGGUGCCCCUUAGUCCUGUGAGGUGUGGGUAGUCCCAGGGGGUUUCCUUCAUGGUGGCAGUGGGUGCCUUGCAGAUGUGGGGAUAGAUGCCCCCCUUCCUGGGGUCUGUACUUCUGUCUGUGUGUCUGUCUGUGCACGUGAGGAGCUCGCUGCUCAUCCUGCCCCCAGCCCACCUUGUCUGGGGGUCCUUUGGAGGGGUGUGUGGCACAGGGCCCUCACCAAUUCCCUCUCCUGUCUUUAUUAGCCUCUGUAUAAUGGGGAUGGUCAUGCCAAAUAAAAUCGUGAUGAGA